AUGAGUCUCGGGGAAACUUCAUCUGUGUCUCUGCUGCUGUUGCUGCUCCUGGAGGCUGCAGUGAAGGCAGAAACACUUGUCCCACAAGGUACAGUGUGUCCAAACACGGAUGCUAAGAGCUUCCUCCAGGAUGUGAAGGUCAACCUGAAAAUCCUUAACUCCUUUAGCCCAAGAGUGAAUUCCAGACGGCCCUCGGACUACCUCAACCGCUCCACUUCACCCUGGACACUCCACCGCAAUGAGGACCCUGAUAGAUAUCCUCCCGUGAUUUGGGAGGCUCGGUGCCGCCACCAGCGCUGUGUCAAUGCUGAAGGGAAAUUGGACCACCACAUGAAUUCUGUCCUCAUCCAGCAAGAGAUCCUGGUCCUGCGGAGGGAGGCUGAGAAGUGCCCGCUCUCCUUCCGCCUGGAAAAGAUGCUCGUGGGUGUGGGCUGCACCUGUGUUUCCUCCAUUGUCCGCCACGUGGCCUAA